AUGUUCGUAAUAUCAUCAGCAGGAGAAAAUCUCCCUAUUAGAUCGGUCUCCAAUGGAUGCGCGGAUAUCGCGACAUCCGGAUCCGUGAGCGUCCGUGGAUUCAAUGGGAUCCCAGAUCCUAGCGCCCGCUGGGCCCGUCCACGGGGCGAGCUACACGUAGGAGCAAGUAGGAACCGGGGGCGCGCGCUAGCAAGAGGGCGGGGCGCGGCGGACGGGGGGCGGUGGCAGAUGUGGGAGACGCAGAAGGAAGCGUGGGACGGAAUGGUGGGGUUGGGGUGGAUGGUACUCGAGGGCGUGGGGGGGGGGGGGGGGGGUAGUACGAGACGGAGGGCGGCAGGUCUCACCGGUGGGAAUGCGGGCGAGGUAGCGGUAGAGGGGGCGGGAAGUCGCGCGCGGGUAGAGGUAGACGGCGCAGAUGGAAGCACUAAACGGAGGGAGGUAGGCCGUGCUGGUAGCGUGCCGUUUGGAUUUGCGGGGGAGAGUACUAGACCGAUCGCCGCGUGGGUGGCGAUGGGUGUUCGGGGACGCAAAGGAAGGGCUGCCGCGGGGGGCGGUGCGGGAGGGGGAGCGGAGGAGGGCGCACGCGGUUUCGGUGGAACCACAGUUACCGUCACGGAAGGGGGCGAGAUAGAUGUGGGGGGGGGAGAUUGCGUCUGCGCGCGG